AUGGAAAUGGAAGAAGAUUUUUGGGGAGUUUUAAAGAGUCAAAAUGAAGCAUAUCCAGAUAUUUUAUUAAAUAAAAAUGUGACAAGAAUCGGAAGAGGAUAUCAAUCAUUUCUUGAAACUAAAACAGUGAUAAGUUUUAAUCAUUUUACCGUUAAAAAAGAUUUCCCCUCUAUUGGACAUGUUUAUCUUCUAGACUCUAGUACUAAUGGUACUUUUAUUAAUCAUAGUAGAUGCAAUGAGUCUAGUGAAAUAUAUUGUUAUGAUGAAAUUACUAUGUGUCAGCCAUUAAGUUCAGUUGCUAUAUCAUAUAUGUUCAUUGAUAAAAGAGUUGAAUUGGAAGAUAUGAAAAGCAGUGGAAUCCAAUAUGAUUAUUUUAUUGGAAGAUAUAUUAAUGGGAAUGAACAAUACAUAAGGAGGGCAUUAGUUAAAAAAGAUUCUUUCCAAAAAGAGGAGUUACUUGUUAAAAUAAUAAGAAAAAAAUUAUUUCCAAUUAAUAUGAAAGAAAUUAAUACACUUCAAUCAAUUGAUUCUCCAUACAUAGUUAAGUUACUAAAAACAAUAAUUACAGAUAACCAUAUAUUUCUCAUAACCCCAUUUCUUAAGGGUGGAGCUUUAUGUCAUCGUUUAUUUUAUCAACCAUUCAAAGCAAAAGACAUUCAAUUUAUAAUAUACCAAAUUCUUAAAGCAAUUCAAUAUUUACAGAAAAAACAUAUUAUUCAUAGAAGAAUUAGUCCUCAAACAAUUAUUUUUGAAUCAGAAGAUUCACUUUCAUUGAAAUUGGCUGAUUUUAGUUUUAGUAGAAGAAUAGAUGAAACAAGACUUGCAUCUACUUAUUGUGACUCUGAUUAUUUAAUUGCUCCAGAAAUUAUACAAUCAGUUGUAAAUAAAAAACCUUAUUAUGCAGAAAGGGUUGAUAUAUGGAGUACUGGUGUUAUAAUGUAUAUGAUGGCUCAUAAUAAAUAUCCAAACGUAUUAAAAAAUUAUCCAUUUAUUAACACAACAGAAUCAAUAAUUCAAGAAGGUUUACCAUCAAACCCAACUGAAUUUGAAAUGUGCCAAGAUGAUUUAAUAAAUAAAAUGAUGUUCAUUGAUCCAUUUCAAAGGCCAUCUGCUGAACAAUGUUUUAGUCAUCCUUAUUUUACUAAAUUUCAGUUCAAUUAA